AUGAAAAGGCAAGGGCAUUUUGCAAAGAUUGCAAGGGGAGUCAGUUUUGCAAGCAGGAAAGGGAAUGCAAGAAGAACAAACAGUCGGAAGUCGGAAGGAAUCAAGAGCUGCCAAAAAUGUAAAAAAGUGUUAGCCCUAGAGAAAUUUAGGGUGUUGAAAAAUGGAAAGACGGCAACAGGUUGCCUAGUUUGCCUGGAUAAAAAGAAGGCGUCACGGGAACGUAAAAGAUGCCCCUAUGGUAGGCGAAGGUCUCAAUGUAAAGAAUGCAAAGAAUCCAGCCAGAUUUACCAGCAUGAAAAAAGGAGGGCCGAUUGUAAGGACUGUAAGGGUAGUCAGAUUUGCGAGCAUGUAAAACAGAGGGCUUGCUGCAAAGACUGCAGGAAGAGCAAACAGUCGGAAUAUAUACGGUUUUAUUCUGUGGAAUAUGAGCGACCACAACUCAUGUUUAUCCCUAGGAGCAGAAACGAGUCAAUAUGGAAGGAACCAAGAGCUGUUCGAAUUGUAAACACUAUCUUUCUUUGGACAUUUUUAGGAUCAAAGGAAAUGGUCAACUAA